GGAACUCCCGUGCGCACCAACCCGCCGCUGGGCACGGGUCCCCUUUUGUCUCCCCGCCCCGCCGGAGCUUGUGCUUCCGGACCGGGCGGGGAAAGGCCAAGAGCAGGUUCCGCUUCUCCCAGGGCCGGUGCGGGAGGCGCAGCUUCCGCUGCGUCCGGGGGAAAAAUGAAUUACAUGCCGGGCACGGCCAGCCUCAUCCAAGACAUCGACAAGAAACACUUGGUCCUCCUUAGAGAUGGCAGAACACUGAUUGGAUAUUUACGCAGCAUUGAUCAGUUUGCAAAUCUGGUUUUGCACCAAACAGUGGAGCGCAUUCACGUGGGCAAAAAGUAUGGUGACAUCCCUCGCGGCAUCUUCGUAGUCAGAGGCGAGAAUGUUGUACUCCUGGGAGAAAUUGACCUGGAAAAGGAAAGUGACACCCCUUUGCAGCAAGUCUCGAUAGAGGAAAUCUUGGAAGUUCAACGGGUAGAGCAGCAAACGAAGCAAGAAUCGGACAAGUUAAAAACGCAAGCGCUGAAAGAGCGCGGCCUCUCCGUUCCAAGGGCUGAUACACUAGACGAAUACUAAGUAUUUACCUGAACUGUCUCCCAAAGAUUGAGGAGACUAUGUACUGAAGUGCCCAAGCGAUGGACAACUAUUUUUUUUUAUUAUUAUUAUUUCAGAUUCCUUCCCCCCCCUCCACCCUCAAGGGCAAAAAACAGUUGGAUCACCGUGACGUAAACUGUAGUUCUUCCCGUUUCACC